AUGAGAAAGAGGAGGAGGAGGAAGAAGAAGAAGAGGAGGAUGAGAAAGAGAAGGAGGAGGAAGAAGAAGAAGAGGAUGAGAAAGAGGAGGAGGAGGAGGAGGAAGAAGAAGAAGAGGAGGGUGAGAAAGAGGAGGAGGAGGGGGAGGAAGAAGAGGAGGAUGUGGAAGAGGAGGAUAAGGAGGAGAAAAGGAAAGAAAGAGGAGGAUGAAGAAGAAGAAGAAGAGGAGGAUGAGAAAAAGGAGGAGGAGGAAGAAGAAGAAGAGGAGGAUGAGAAAGAGGAGGAGGAGGAAGAAGAAGAAGAGGAGGAUGAGAAAGAGGAGGAGGAGGGGGAGGAAGAAGAGGAGGCCCCUGGGAAGACUCAAGACAAACUGGGAGCCAUCCCAUAG